UGUUGUGCUUUUGCAGUUAGUCGUUAUAACUGCAGACAGUUCUCGACUUCGCAAAGUAUGAGAGUUCUAUGAAGUUUUUCUUCGUCUUAUUUCGGAUACUGCUGUGAAGCCUUUUCUUUGAAAGGACAUCAAAAUGGAGCUGAAAUCAGUUGAAGAAGAAGCACCAGAUAAACAAAAACAAACAAACUCUGCCAGUCCAGGUCGGUCAAGCUCAUCAGAAAAGGUCAACACUCUUUUUGUUUCUACACAUGUGAAAGCGCAAAGACUGAACUCAAAUGGAAAUCCGAUUCCUUUGUCGCCGGUACCCUCCCGCGCGGCGUCGAGUGCUGCCGGACUGACUGCCGGAAGUAUAGGAAGUGCAAUCGCGACGCAAACACUGGCAGCGGCGACAUCGGCAGCGUCGUUUGGAUCCUCUCAGAACCAGCCGGGAAGUGGGAAUGAUACUGGUACUCACCAAACUGGUUACGGAAGUCCGAAUUAUAUCAAGUUCCAAUUACAACAAGGGUUGGUGAGAGAAUCGGUUGAAGUCGAUAUUGGUCAGUUGACUUCGUUGCUGGACUUCAAAUCUUUCGCGAUCCAGUUUAUGGACAGCAAGUUCCCAGAGCACGGACUGUACAACAGUGGCAUUGCGGACAAGAUCCUCCUCUUCAAGCACGACAUGUCAGACGGCAACAUCCUCCGACUGAUCAGCCACACCACUGAUGUUGCAGAAGAUGACCUCAUAGAGAUCGUCAUUUCAGGCAAAGUGCGUAGUGCCGACUUCCAGAUUAAGCCGCAUUCUCUCUUCGUGCACAGCUACAAGAGUCCCGCAUUCUGCGACUUCUGCGGCCAGAUGCUGUUCGGCUUGGUGAGACAGGGACUUAAGUGCGAGGGGUGUGGGGUCAAUUGCCACAAGAGGUGUGCGUACAAGAUACCGAACAAUUGUACGAACAAUCGACGGAGGAAGAGUUCUUCCCAGGGAACAGGUUUCAUUUCGAAAGACUCAUUUGGAAAUGUUAUUCCCUCGUUCGCUCCUCAGACUAACACGCCCAACCAGCCAAUUGAACAGCGUGCUGGAGUGCCCCUGGCGGGUUCCAACACUCUAACUUCUCGACUGUCAACGUCCAGCAACAGCUCAAUCUCAACCGCAUACCCACCCGGGACUCCCAAUUUCUCCCCCAUGAGUUCAAUGAAUAGUGGAACCCUAAAUCAACCGUUUUCCCCUACGUCCCAGGCAAUGGGGGGAGUUGUAAGUAUGACAGGUGUUGGCGCGGGUGUUGUGGGUAAUGGAGGGCAAGUUAUGGGCGUGAUGGUGACUUAUAGCUCGAGUUCAUCUGGAACUUUUUCUGCAACUGGGGCAUCAAACAUGGCCCAGAUUCCGAAUCUUUCUCAUUCAUUCAACGCUCCGACGUUCAGUACCCUCUCGGGUGCAACAGGAGUUGUGCAGAACCCUCUUCCGGGCACCGGCACUGGAGGCGGUGGAUCAGGAGGGGGAGGGGCUAAUUCAUGGUACCAAUGCAGACCAUUAUGGAUUGAUCGAGCUAUGCAAGACAUAAUCAAGGUGCCCCAUACGUUCAUAGUGAGAACAUACAAGACUCCGACUAUCUGUCAGUACUGCAAGAAGCUACUGAAGGGUAUAUACAAACAGGGAUACCAGUGCAAGGACUGCAAAUACAACUGUCACAAGAAGUGCGCAGCUAUGAUACCCAAGAAUUGUCUCGGCGACAGAGCUCUCAGCGAAGAGAACUACGACUUGCAGGGUGGUUACAGCACAGAUCAGGAGUCCAUGAUGCCAGGCACUGGAAGUGAUACCGACAACGCCCCCUUGGGUAUAACUGGAGUGGGGAUCGGAGGAGGUUGUGGAUCUCUCAAACAUGGGGACCAACAGGACUACUUCGAUGAAAUGAAAGAAAUGGAAGCGAAUGUCGAAAAUCAGAAGCAGGUCGGAGGCGUGGGAAAUUCGAACCCCGAAGUGGCCUACUCGCAAUACGAGGAAGACACCACAGUCGAGGUGACUCUAGAAGUCCCUACUGGGCCGAACGGUGGCAACAACAGUGACUCAUCUGGAGUUGGGAGUAACAGUUAUAACCAGACUAGUGGUUAUGACACAGAUGGAAAUGGUGGCACUAUGAUGGAUUCUAGCCAGUCGAGUGACCAAUUGGGAGUGGGGCAAAGGGGGGACCGUGGUUUUAUCAGUGGCGAUGCUAAAGAAGGGGGUGACGAGUUACUCGUGGGAUCUGCAAGUGGGGAGACUAUUCGAUAUCGCUCUUCGAUAUACCAGAGUAUGCCUGAAAUUCCGACGUCCAGCAACAACAUUCCUCUGAUGCGAGUGGUGCAGAGUGUGAGACAGACUAAGCGACAGGACCAGUCCACUCUGAUCAAGGAGGGCUGGAUGGUGCACUUCACUGACCAGCCGAACAGUAUGAGGAAGAGACACUACUGGAGACUGGACACUAAGUGUCUCACUCUCUACCAGUCUGACAACACAAAUAAAUACUACAAGGACAUUCCACUCUCAGAUAUCCUCUCCGUACAUUCCUCCGAUUCCAGCAACCUCCUCUUGACCCUAGAUCACCCUCACCAGGAGUCAAACAACAAUAGCAACCCAAAAAACAGCAGUAAACAACAACGGACGGCAUCCUCUACAAACACUAACAAUAGUUCAUGUACAACUCAAGCUUAUAUCGAGAAGCAACAACAACAACCCUCAACAUCAUCCAAUCAUCACAACAAUAAAAAUGAUAACAGUAAUCAACAGCAACCGAAACAUGCGUUUGAAAUUGAGACAGUAAAACUGACCUAUUGUGUGGGUCAGUUAGAUGACGUAGACGAUGAAGAGGCUGGUGUUGGCACUGUGUACAGCCAAGCCUGGGAGAUGGCAAUAAGACAGGCUCUCAUGCCAGUCACGCCUCAGAGCUCCUUCCCCCUGUCUGUGAGUUGUGCGAACAUGGUCGCCAGUGGGAGACAGAACACAGAUAAUACGCUCCUGCCGGACCAAGCAGCUGUGGCUCUGAGUCAAGCGGCGGGAGGGCAGCAGUCCUCGUCCACAGAUCCCAAUUCCAAGAAUCCAAAUGACUCCUCUGGCACCUCCGGAGGAACAUCAGGUUCAUCUUCUGGAACAUCUGGAGGUGGGGGCCACGGGAGUCAGAAGACACUUCAGGGGGCCACAGAUGAGGACAUAAGUGUCUACUACCAAAUAGUCACUGACGAGGUGCUGGGUUCGGGUCAGUUUGGAGUGGUGUAUGCGGGGGUGCAUCGAAAGUCGAGGAGGGAGGUGGCGGUGAAGGUGAUUGACAAGCUCAGAUUUCCCACCAAGCAAGAGGCACAGCUCAAAAACGAAGUGGCCAUCCUCAGAAACAUCUCCCACCCUGGAAUUGUGACGUUCGAGCAGAUGUUCGAGACAGUCGAAAGGGUCUUUGUGGUAAUGGAGAAACUGAAGGGAGACAUGCUGGAAAUGAUUCUGUCCUCCCAAAAAGGGAGGCUGUCGGAGAGGAUCACUCGGUUCCUGGUGGCUCAGAUUCUGGCAGCCCUCAAGUUCCUCCAUUCAAUCAACACUGUGCACUGUGACCUCAAACCAGAAAAUGUUCUCCUCUCCUCAGAUGACUCAUUCCCAAAGGUGAAGCUGUGUGACUUUGGCUUCGCCCGUAUCAUAGAGGAGAAGAGUUUCCGCAGGAGUGUAGUGGGAACACCUGCCUACCUGGCCCCGGAGGUGCUGAGAAACAAGGGCUACAACAAGAGUCUAGACAUGUGGUCUGUUGGAGUCAUCAUAUACGUCAGUUUGAGCGGCACUUUUCCCUUCAACGAAGACGAGGAUAUCAAUGAUCAGAUCCAAAAUGCCGCUUUCAUGUACCCGGCCAAUCCCUGGAGGGAGAUAUCGAGAGAAGCGAUUGACCUGAUCAACAAUCUACUGCAAGUGAAGAUCAGAAAGCGAUUCACUGUCGACAAGAGUCUUGCCCACGUCUGGAUGCAGGAUAUUUUGAUGUGGUGUGACCUUCGCAAGCUGGAACAGAAAGUGGGCCAGAGAUACCUCACACACGAGAGCGACGACAAACGAUGGACUGAGAUUGCACGGGAGAGAAGCAUGGACAUCUCGGGACUGCUUCGUCCUGGAUCCGAGAGCAGUUCGGCCGCAUCUACCGGCUCUCAGUAAUCCACUGACGAAGACCGAGUCGUUAAGAUAUGCUAUUAAAGAAAACUGACUACAAAAGUUAAACGAUUUCCAGAAAUGAUCGUCUGACUUACACUGAAGAUCGAACUUAUUUCUUUAUCUGGAAUAAAUACGAUUAGUGGACGACAGAAAUUCUUGUCGGAAAUAGAGUAGUAGUUGUUACAGUCGAUGUCAGUGUUUUAUGCUACAGAGCUGUUUUGGUCCAAUUUUUUGGAAAUAUUGAUUUUUUAUCACGAAUUUUGAUCACUUUGCAGUUGCAUAUUAAGUAAUAUGUUAUAAUUUCUUCUCUUAUCCUUCUUAUGAAACUAGCCAGACAUUAUUCCACUUGGGUGAUUCAACCCUUUUUAACUGUUUAAUUUGUAAAUUAAUUUAUUAAAUGUUCAAUAUUCCCGAAAUGCUAUUCGCCCCGUAUAGAAAUGAGGAUCAAAUUUUGCAUUGGAAAAACCCACAAGGACUUCAAAUGUGAUUACGCAAUUGUCUGACUACACAAAAUGCAACGAUUCGAUUACGUAAUGAAACAGACGAAAUCAUGGUGACGUAAUUGGAUCAUAGAUUCCUCGCUCAUCUCGAAUCUAAUCGAAUUGUGGAAAAGCCAGCAAAGAACUUGCCAAUUUAUAUUGAAGUUGCUGACCCAUAAUAGGAAUAACUGUAAAAUAGCGCUUGACUUUUUGUCGAAAAUUAUUUAAUUUAAUCACAUUAUCUUUGUGAAUUAUUUAAUUUGUAUGAAAAAAUGCCGUGCUAAGAUUCGUGCAAUAAAUUAGUCCAACUACAUUUUAGAUUAAAUGUUUACAUAGUCAACAUUUUCUAAACCAAAUUUUGUUUGGAAGUUCGAGAGAGAUAGUUAUUGUUAUUCGUGGAAACUGUAAAAAUCUGACUCGUAAAAAGGAUAUGAAAUUGAUGACAAUUUUGAAUGAAGAGUCAGGUUUAUGAUUUACUCAUCUCAAUGUACUACUGUUAUUAAAACUUUGAUAUAACGGAUUUUCCGUGUUGCUCACAUUUUAGAUGGCAUAAAACGGAUUAGGUUUAACGCCAUUCCCAGGGAGUUUA